AUUUUCUGUUGCAAAAUAAUUUCUGUGAAUGCUUAGUACAUUGAUAAUUGGCCCAUCUAGAGAAGUGUUUAUUAAAUACGCUUUUUAAAUUCUCUCCGCAAAGCUCAACAAUGUUUCCCACUAUAAGCUUCAUUUUAGUGUUUGUUGCAAUCUUACAAAGUCAUGCACAUUCAGUUGAGGCCUAUCCUCAAUGGGGAUUCGUUUCAAGAACGAGUUUUAAUGGAGACAGAACAGCUCUGUCAUCUAUCAAUAAUGCAAAAGUUGGAGUUAGUCAUAACCAAAGAUACCCUUACAUUCCGUCUCCGCUAUGGCUGCCCGCUUACGGAUCAUCCUAUAGGUUACCUAUAGGUAUUCGACCGAGACCAUUUCCUGUCAACCCAGCUAGGCCAUUCUACCCUGGUUAUCCGCUCAGGGCAAGACCUUAUCCUCAAAGACCCUACGUUGAACCCAGUAGAAUAGCUGGAAGAAACUCAGGAUUGGGAGGACUUCUCAAUGUGUUAGGUUAAGAAGAGGUAUUUUUGGAUGGGAAAGAAUGAAGAAACCAGAUGAUCAAUUUGAUUUCACAAAAGUUCAUGUAUUCUUCAGCAUGUAGGUAGAAAGAAAAAAAAUUACGGUUGUAACUACGAAUUUAUCCCAUUUAACCUUCUGAAAUGAAAUAAAUAUUUUAAGCAAUUUA